UCUGGCAGCCCAUAAGGAAACGUGUUUAUCUUGAAAGCACCUGGCAGAGACAGCACGGAUGGAGCUGAGCUGGUGGAAAGACCCCAUUUCUCAAACCCAGCUUUCUACAUGGAAUUAUUCAAAGGGAACCCUUAUCAAGCAGCCUUCCAGCUCCGGUGCCAUCCAUCUUCUAAAGGUCACAUGGGCUGCUUUUUGCCUUUCCCUUCCGUCAGAGUUGAGUGCAAGGGUCCUGACAGAGAGUGCAGACCUGAGACCUGCAAUGAACGCUUCUGGAAGAUGCAUGUGCUUGAAGACAAGGACAGAACCCCAGAGCAGCCCUGUGGUUCCAGCUCAGGAUGGACCCUCGGAAAAGCUGAGCCAGCAUCUGGCCACCGAGGCCUUGGGCACCAACAGCUGGGAGAGAGACAAGGCCUGCCGGGAGCUCAGUCCUGCCAGAGCACGCAGUGCCUCCUGUGACAAAGACCUGGCACCACCAACUUCCUCCAGGGGGAAGAAGAAAAAGAAGAAAUCCACCCGGAAGAAGAGAAGGAGGUCCCCAUCAUACAGUCCAUCGCCUGUCAAGAAAAAGAAGAAGAAAGGUUCCAAGAAACAUAAGCGACACAGGUCAUUCUCCAAGAAGAGAAGGCACAGCUCCUCCAGCCCAAAAAGCAAAAGAAGGGACGAGAAGAGGCACAAAAAACAAUCACGAAGCCGGCCCCGAAAGUCUCACCGUCACCGCCAUCACCAUUGCCCCUCCAGGUCCCAGAGUUCGGAGACCCGCUCCUCAAGCUGUGAGAGCAGGCACCGCGGCAGGUCCCCCGAGGAAGGGCGGAAGUCCCGCCGAAGGCACUCCCGCCGCUGCUCCAAGACCCUCGGCAGGGCCAGCCCCGAGGCCCGCUCCAGCCACCCGCCCAGCCAGCCCCUCCAGAUGCUCAGCCUCCUGUCGGCCAGGGGUGUAAUCACUGGGUCGGGGUCUGCAGCUGACCUCUUUACCAAAACAGCCAGCCCGCUCACCACCUCCCGAGGACGCUCCCAGGAGUAUGACUCAGGCAAUGACACCUCCUCGCCACCCUCCACACAAAUCAGCUCAGCCAGGUCACGGGGUCAAGAGAAGGGGAGCCCCAGUGGGGGCCUAAACAAGAGCCGGGAACUCAACUGUGGAAACACCUCUGAUUCAGGGAACUCCUUCACCACCUCCUCACCCCAGAACAAGGGGGCCACUCUGGAGAAUCUCUCCCCCACCAGCAGGGGCAGAGAGUCAAGAGGAUUUCAGUCGCCAUGUCUGGAAUGCGCGGAGGUGAAGAAAUCCGGUUUGGUCCCAGCCACAGCCCGGAGCUCCCCCAUGAGAGGAUGCUCCCGCAGCCCCUCCUAUGCCAGCACCCGCUCUUCCAGUCACUCCUCCCGAUCCCCAAACCCCAGGGCCUCCCCCAGGUACACCCGAAGCCGAUCCACCUCCUCCGGGAAAAGGUCCUACUCUCGCUCUUCCAGCUAUUCCUCCAAGUCUGGCAAGAGGAGCCCCCCCAGCAGAAACUCUCGAUCGCGCCGCAGCCCCAGCUAUUCGCGGUACAGCCCGAGCAGGGAGAGGGACCCCAAGUACAACGAGAAGGACUCGCAGCAGCGGGAGCGCGAGCGAGCGCGUCGGAGACGGCGGUCCUACUCGCCCAUGCGGAAGCGCCGGAGAGACUCCCCGAGCCACCUGGAGGCGCGGAGGAUAACCAGUGCCCGGAAGCGCCCCAUCCCCUACUACCGGCCCAGCCCGUCUUCAUCCAGCAGCCUCAGCAGCACCUCCUCCUGGUACAGCGGCAGCAGCGGCCGCUCUGCCAGCCGCAGCUAUUCCCGCAGCCGCAGCCGGAGCCGCAGCCGGAGCCGCAGCCGCAGCCGCAGCCGCAGCCGCAGCCGCAGCCGGAGCCGGAGCCGGAGCAGGAGCCGCAGCCGCAGCAGGAGCCGCACCCGGAGCAGGACCCGCACUAGCAGCAGCUCGGGCUCCCGCAGCCCCAGCCUGGGCUCCCGGAGCCGGAGCCGGAGCUACAGCUCAGCAGACAGCUACUCCAGCACGAGGCGCUAAAGGAGGGCCCUCCCUUGAGCCGGCUGCCUGGGGGGUGGGGGGCCCUUUCCCUCUGCCGGCCUCCCCCGCUCCCUACCCACCCUGCCUUCUCCUUGGUGACAGACAUUGAGGGCUCCUGGACCCUGUCCUUCCUGCUCUCCUGGGGAGUAGGAAACAAAAGUACAGGGGCUUCGGCCUCUAUGUCAAGCUGCUAGGAGCCUCCACCAGCACCACCCUGGGGCUCAACACAGGCCUGGUCAUAGGGAGAGAACCAUCCUCUGUUGGCACAAAAACCCUCCAGGUUUUGUAAGAAGCGAUGGCUUCAUGACUCAACAGUUUGGGCCUGGCCAGGAAAAACAGUUUUGCUAACCCACUGCUCACAGGAUGCAUAUGGGAGGCUAGGAGUCAUUUGUCACACCUGCCCUCAUUCUCCUCUCAUCUCGUCAUGUGUGGACCCUCACGGGGUGGGAGGGGAUGAGAGGAAACCAAGAGCAGUGAGGCCCAGGAGAGGGUGUUGCGCCUUUCACCUCCCCAAACAGGCCCAAGCAAAGGCCCGGAGGAUGAUUGAGGGGGAUAGAAGGGGACCUAUCUGAGUGGGGAAUGUGGAUGUUUCAGUUGGUAAGAAGUGUCAGGAGGUAGGAGAUGGGUUCUCUGCCUGUGAAUAUAGCAGCAAAGGGCAAGGGUCAUUCUGCCGCUCCCAAGAUCUCGGCACAGUCAGGAAGAGCAGUCCAGUAGAUUCUAGCAACGGAGAGGCCACCACAUGGCUUAGACAGCCUCUUGGCUGUUCACAGGGCCCCUGAACCUCACUGAGAAAAGACACAGUGGACAGUCAGGACAGCUUGGUGUGCAGCCCCACAUCCCAAGUUUGCCUCGGCCCCCACUGGCUGGCACCAGCUUAAUUCCACAGGACCAUCUGCUGAACAUUCCCCAGGGCCGUGGCCGGCUGCCAGUCCCCAGCGCCAGCCAGUCUGGCCUUACCCUCCAGUUGGAGCCUGCCUGCCCCCUCCCCACCGCCCAGACUGCCACACCCUGGAUCCCACCCAGUGUGGCUGAACCAUCUAAACCCGCCCUCAGCCUAAGCUACCCCCUUUGCCUCUCAGGAAUGUUGCUGGGAUGGGGUAUAGUAGCUCAGGUUUUGGGGAAAGACCCAAGUCCAGAGAGUCUGGGGGGACAGGGGCUUGGGAACUCCAUGGCUUCCGAGGCUUCCUGUCAGCCAGAGCCCACCUUUAUUUCUGCCCUCACCCUGUCUUCCCCCUGCCCAGGGCUGGGCAGCAUGGGUAAGCUGAUCUCUGACACACAAACACCACCAGCUGCUUCACCCACAGAAGGCACUGAGAACAGGGGUGUGAGGGAGAAGAUCCUUAAAAUAAACUCCUGGGCACCCCCCUCACCAGCUGACCGGCUUUCCGGAGCCCUGUGGGUGAAUGUCAAGUUUGCGGUGGCAACAGCGGCAGGGCAGGGCAUGGAGGGAGAUAGUGAGGGGGGACAGUCCGCAGCUCUGGAUACUGGGGGGCGAGCUAUGGGGAAGCAGGGACCAAACACUCUUCUUCCUUCACACCCCAGGGACAGCAUUUGGAAAAAAAAUCCCUUUUCUUGACAUCAGUGACCCAUCUCCCCGGCCCCUCGUCUUUCCCAGUCCAUCAGCCCGUGGGGCCAGAAACUGCCCUGCAAACUCCCGCAAGUCCUUCUUCCACCAGGAGAGCAGCGAGAGGUGCCCCAGACAGCACGGGGUGACCUGGCCUUCCCCUGAUGCCCUCUGGCCCGGCCCUGGGCCCCACCCGCCAAGACUGACAGAUGCCAAUGCUGUCACCACAGAAGGCCGGAUGGCAGGUGCCUGGGACAGGGGCAGGUGCCCUGGGAGGGCAUGUACAGCAACUGUAAAUAACCCUCUUCCCUGCCCGGGAAACCAGCCUGGGCUCCAGUCUCCCAUCACGGAGACAAAGUCUUCUCCGAGCCGCAGAACCUCUGGAGCCACGGACCCUCCUUAGCAGGACAGCAGGGAGAGAGGCCUGGGAGCCUCCCGUCAGACUGCCUUCAGACAACUCUAGGGGACCAUUUUGCCUGGGGCUCCUAGCAAACCUAUUAUUUAUUUUAUUUAUUUAUGUUUAUUUAUUUAUUUAUGUGAUGAUCUCUCUCUCUCUCCCUUGGUUGCCAUUAGCAGUAUUCAACUAUUUAUUUAUUUAUAUGGAGAGGUGUGUGUGUGUGUGUGUGUGUGUGUGUGUGUGUGUGUGUGUUGGCAGGGGGCGGGGUGCUUCUGAAUUAUUUUUGUGCAUCUCUUUUUUUCCCUCGUGUCUUUGUGGAUGAGAUCUGAGAGGCCGGAUGUGGCUAGGGAUGUUGGCUUUGUUCCCGCAGGUGAGACCCACAGAGCUCUAAGUCCAAACAGCCUGGAAUUGGCCUGGGGAGGGGGACACCUCAGACCUAAGGUUCGUUAUGUCAGUGAAGUUCAGGCUUGCUCCCCAGCUCCCUGCCCACCAGCUACCUCACUGAGGUAUCAGAAAAAUGAAAACAUCCACAAGGCUUGUGAGCUAAAGGCCUGAAAUGAUACACUGGAGUCACAGCUCACAUGGGGGUUGGAGUCUAAAGUUAGCAUAAGCUAAGGUAAAACUUGCAGCCUCAAAAUCGUCGGUGUGAGUGCUUUAGGGAGGCACCUGCUGGGAGACAGAUGUACUGUAUGUCGCCCACUGACAAGGCUUCUUCGUCAGUACUGCAGGAGCUGUCUUGCGUUUGGGGGGCCAUGGUGGUUGAACUGGCAUCUGGUUUAGCACUGGGAUCGAACUUUGAGUGGACAAGGAGAAAGCAGGGCAGGAAUUGGGCUGAGGGAGUGGAGAGAAGAUGCACAUGGGGUCUCACCCUUACUCCAGCGGAGACAAUAGUGGGCAGGAUCACUCCGUCUGUGAGCAUCCUGGUGGGUUUUGUGUAAAUUACACAUCCUUCUGCUUCCAUUGUAGCUAAUUUCUCCCCAUGCCCUGAGGCUUUUCCAGGCUGCUCUCUUCCUUCUGCAGGAGGCCCACUGCUUCCUGGAGUGGUAUCAACCUCCCUAGGAGAGAUACACAGACCCAAAGUAGAAGCCUUUUGCUGGGAUCUCCUGCUUUCCAUCAGGGAAGAGCACAAAGCUAUUUCAGAAAUUAGAGAACGGAAAAAAAAAAAAAAGACAAGAUGAAAGGAGCAGCCGGAAGUUCCCCCAAGAAGGUCAUUGAGGGUCACAUCAAGCCAGGAUCUAGUGGCCUUUCUUUACCAGUCCUGCCCCUCUGACUGGCAGUGUCUUCCUGCUGCUUGCCAGAGAGGCCCCGCCCCCACCCUCUUUCCAAAGUCAUCAUUCACUGCUUUGAAAUUGCCAGAUUCUCUGGUCCAGCUUUGAGUUUGGUGAGACUUUUGCAACAACCCUGGUCGUUUCCCUGGCAAUGUGACUUUACCCUGCUCUAUCCCAACCAAGAAGUACCUCCAGCCAGGGGAAAGUUGCAAGAAGGCUGCUUAAAUGCCUCCAGGGGGAAAACAUCUGUCCCUCCCUCUUGCCCAAUGUGCUUCUCUAAUUACCUUUACAUUUCCUUUCUUUUGCAUCCAAAAUUAAACAGCUUCUUGGGAUGCUGGUGACCUUGCUUAACCAAAGGCCCCAGCCACCCCCCGCCACCACCCCACGCCUCCACAUCCCUAUUUCUCUGCCUAUUUUGCCCACAUUACCUUCUGCUUCCAGGGAAUGAGACAAAUCAGCUGAAAUCUGCUGGUGGCGAGCAUUCAUUUUAAAAGCCAGCAUUGGAGGGUGUGACUUGAGGCCCAGAAACAUACAGCCCACCUGCAGCCUUUCUGGAUGAAUGAACCUGGACAGAUCGAUUCAUUCCUCUGGGCCAAAGAUUCCCCCUUUGUGAAGUAGGCGAGUUUUUGAGAUACAAUCCAGAAUGUUGACCUGAGGGCUGGGAAAUUGUCUAAAGACAGAGUGAGUUCACCAGGACUUAGAAGCAAAAAGGAGAACACCCUCAAACAUUUUCAGGAGGUUCUCAAUCAUUAGAAUAAAACGUAUGUGAAUUCAAUUAAAUUAAGAAAAGCUAACUCACUCAAAGCCCCCUUGAGGUCUGACCGCACGCAUUCCUAUCUCUGUCUCUUCCUUUCUUUGUGAAGGAAAGUCAGUCUUUCAGAAAAACAAAAUUGAGAUGUUUGAAAGACAUAAGGGUCUCAGUCUCAGCCCCCAUCAUUUCAUUAGCUCAGAACCGUCCUCUUUCCCAAAGGCUUUCCUUGAAGAGAGCCAACAUUUGGGUACUCCUAAAGGUUCCAAAGCCCUUUUUUUUUUUUAAGUCUCACUCCCAUCAUGUCUCCUGCUAUAUUCUUUUCCAUGAAUAUUCACAAUCGUCUCACAAGCAUCUGUCUUGCCUUGCUUGGCUCUCCAGCUAAACCAAAAAGUUUGAUUAAAAAACAAACCAGGAUUCCUCAAAAUGUUCCCUCCUCCAUCAGCCAGAUGCAUCCAGUUGAGGAACUUCUGCUUAGAUACAGUGUCAUCAAGCAAUGCUUUCCUGAAACCUCUUCCUUGUCAUCUCUGCACGCAUGAGCCAGUGCUACUGAGACUUGGCAUCUCCCCUCUGUCUGUGGCUAUUGUUUUGUUUUUUGUAUUUAUUGAGGGUUUUGGGUUUUGGGUUUUGCAUUGUAAAUACCAUGAUGGGGGCCCCCUCAUCAGAUCAUGGCUUAUUUAAUAAUUUAUUCCCUAUUUAUUAAAUGGUAUUGAGAGAGGAGAGGGACCCCUCUUCCCCUAAAUUGCUAUUGGAAAUCCGUCCAUCAAUCAGCUCUGGGUGUGGCUGUCUGCAGCAGGGGCAUUAUCCCCCAGGUAAUGAGUGCUAGAAUCACCCAGCAAAUUGGAAUUGGCAGAAACGGAGUCUUCAGUCAUACAAAUUAAACUCAAAAGGAACUAAAACACUGGUUAUCUCCGGGAAAACCUCAUUUUGAUGGAAAUUAAUUGAGGAAUAAAAUGCCUGUGCACGAACCAACUUCUAUUAAAAAGUCACAACUCCUUGAAAAAAGAGAGAGAGAGAGAGAGAGAGAGAGACAAAAUUGUAAUUCCUUUUCUCUGGCCAAGAAAAGAUAUGCCUCAUCUUCUAAUGAGUUGAGCCAAAGAGACUGGAACAGGAUUCCUUUGUGAUUCUCUGGCCCGUGUGUGUCUGUCUGGAUGAAACGGAGUGGGUCUCAGGCCUCAGUGUUACCAUCUGUAAAAUGGGAUUUGGCCGAAGUGUUCUUGGCAGGGUGGAGGGGAGGGGUUCUAACUCUGAUGUCAUGAGCUCCAAACUGUCAGGUGUAUGGUCCAUAUGUCUUCUGCCGACUAUAGGUUGAAGGAUGUCUCCCAAGGAAGGAAAUAAAACGAAGCAUGGACUUCAUUUGCAGGGUAAGGUUGUAGUAGCUGAGUCCCUCAGUCAAAAAUGGGAGGCCUUCUAGUGCUGCCACCUUAUAUAACUCUUAUAUCCUGGGUUAAAGAAGCCCUCUCUCUUAGCUUGAACUUCUCUCCAAGCCCAGACAUCCAGAGAUAUCAAAGGAGAGACCAAGAAGGCUUCAGCGUUCGCUGGAUUUAAUCACUGUUUACGUGUCAGGACAUAUUUUGUAUGGUUGUUCUAACAAGCCAGUGACAUAGGUCAUGUUGCCAUUUUCCAGAUGAGAAAACUGAGGCCUGGGAAGGGGGAGCUGGCAUGCCUAAACUCCCUGGAGCUCAGAUCUACCUGGCUCCGUGUCCCACUCUCUCGGUGGCUCUUUCUUGCCAGGUGCAUGUUUGAGAACUCUCUGCAGGGUCUUUUCUCUCCCAAGUCUUGGCUGCUCGCUCAAGCAGCCAUUGGCCAAGGACCUAGCAGGAUCCACUAUAUCAGCCCAGUAGGCUUGGUGCACCCCAAGGCCACCUCUCCACACCGGGGGCUGGAAUUCUCAUCCGGAAGACCCCAAACAAGGGGACCCGGUACCAGCCUGGCUCGGCCUGAGAAGCCAGCCUCUGCCUGGGACAUCCACAUCAGAGUGAGGAAGCUCCUGUGUCCUCCAGCAUCCUGGGACCCUGUCCUCCACCUAGUGAUACCGUGGCCAUGGCUUGUUUGAUUUCUGGUGUCCACAGCUAAGCAUAACCUUUCCGGGGUUUCUGAUUUUUCAGCCUGUACGAAACAUGUCUCUGUUACAAUAAAAGGUCCCAUGGUA